AUGCUGACACCAAUCGAAAAGCGGGAGUAUCUGCCCGGAGAUCCUCGAAUUAAAUUGGACGACGGGCACAUUGGGCAGUAUUUGGAAUCCGAACUGGCAACGAGAGAUUUAGACCGGCUAGCGCCUCACCUCUGGCUGGUUGGCAAGCAGGACAGUUCUCACAUCUCGUCGCUCACCCACCAGCUUGUCCGGGGUCGUCAGAUCGUCAUAACCGAGAAGCCCGAGCUCCAUCUUGUGUGGUAUUACGACCGCGUGUUCGUGAAGCCGCUACCUAAAUAUCUCUUGUCGCACGCCUUCUGGAAAUACUACCUCUGCUCGGAGGAUUCGCCGAUCGACGAAAGCUUGAGGCGCGAUCUCAAAGGGGCCUCUCUCGGAUUCCUCCGCUCGUACAGCCGACUAGUUAGACACAAGUCGGAUUUCGCACUUGCCAAGCAUGAAGACCACUGCCUGCUUCCUAAGGGAGUCAAGUAUAGGAGCCUCAUGGAUCUACUCGAGCGUUUUGACCUUAUCGACGACGUGGAUGUCUCUCCGCGAUAUCACUACGGAGAGUUACGACUCUCGCGGUUGAACUUUUGGUCCAAGAUUUUGCUCUUCCGUUUCUGGUACCACAAGGUUGACGGGCAGUACGGAAACUACUUUGCUCGCUUUUAUAGGCCUAUCCUGUUCAUCUUUGGAGUCUUCUCGGUGCCUCUGAGCGCGAUGCAGGUUGUCUUGGGCAUUCAGGCUCUCUUCGAGCCAGGCGAAUCGUGGGAUGUCUUUGCUAGGGUGUCGCUUGGCUUUUCAAUUUUCGCUGUUUCCUGUGCCGCGGCGAUAAUCAUGUUCCUUCUUCUCACUUUUAUUAGCCUGUCGUCGCGAGAAAUCGUAUUUGCUCUGAGGGACCUGAUUACCAGGAGAUGUUUAGCGGCUCGUCGGAAUCGUGGCCAAAUGCCCGAUGAUAAGCGAUGAUAAGCGUUAGACAGACUUGGACGAAAUCUGCCCGUUAGCCACUAGUUUAUGUAGGUACCUAGGUAAUUCGUCAUCUUGCCAUCGGGUGCAGUGCGCGACCGUCACGUGACAUUAUAGGUGCUGCCCUGCUGGCAGGCUCUUCCUAUUACCUAGGUGUAGCCCUGUUAGUAGGCAGGUUUUAGGUGUAGCUCUAUUUCUAGGUGUGGCUCUAUUUCUAGGUGUGGUCUAUUUCUAGGUAGGUAUUAGGUGUAGCUCUCUUAGUAGGCUUUUACCAG